UGAAUUUCACUACUCUUUUAUGGUCAUCGAUAUAACAAAAUACAGACGCGCUGCAAAUGGCCUGGUCGCCAUAUUGAUGAUAACCAUUUAUUUACGCGUGGUAAUGAAGGAUGAAAAACAUAACGCAAUAUUUUAUGGAUACUAUAAAAGCCAAUGAUAGUUUACCUGUACAUUCUAAUAGUACUAAGAAGAAAGAAAUUGAAUCAAGGAAAUAUUCUAAAGAUAAGUAUAAUUACACAACAGUUGAAAUAUCUAAAAAGAAUUCAGGAAAAGAUACGUGUAAUAUGAUUGAAAGUAGCAGUGAUAUAAUUGAUAGAAAUAGUAAUCCAUUUAAGGAGAUUAAUAUAUACCAAACAUCCAAGCAAUAUUUUUCAUCAAAAUUAUCGUCAACAAAACUACAGAAACAUGUUGAUUUAUCUCUGGAAACUAAUGAUGUUCUCAACAUUAAUAAAAAACAAAUCAAGAAUGAUUCUAUACAUAUUUCAACUGACAAAAAACGUUAUAUAAAAAAAUCAAAAAGAGGAUUUCCGACAAUAGUAUGCAAAAGAAAUCAUAUCGAAAUAUUACUUUUUCGCAGAGGUAUUUGGGAUGGGAGAAUGCGAUACAUCCGAGGCCGUUUGAAUAACAACAUGGCCGCUGGGAUAUCGCGCUGCUUGGUGCGGCUUGGUACUGACUGGGUUCAGGACUGGCUAUACGUACAUACAUAUGGCACCCCAGAGGGUACCGCUAAAAGGGCCCACCAUUAA